CAGACUCCUUGGUAAUGGAUUUCGUUCAAGUUUCGGAGGAGGAGGGUGACGAGCCCAUCGAGUUGCCAGCUGAGGAAGAUGGAACCUUGCUGGUGUCCACUCUACAGGCCCAGUUUCCGGGUUCCUGCGGUCUCAAGUAUCGCAACCUGGACACUAAGGCGGUUCGCGGUGUUCGCUCCAACGAGGGCAGACUGUUUCCGCCCAGCGUGGACGCUGGAUGGGGGGAAUACCUCUACUUCUGUGUGUUUCCCAAGGAAAACAAGCGCAAGAGCGACGAUAACUUGGAGAACUCAACGGCCAAGACCAAACGGAUCGAGACCCGUUUGCGAUGCACUGAUCUUAUAGUUCUGGGCUUGCCCUGGAAGACAACUGAGGAUAGCUUGCGGGAGUACUUUGAGACCUUUGGCGAAGUGCUGAUGGCCCAGAUCAAGAAGGAAACCAAGUCGGGUCAGUCCAAAGGCUUUGGAUUCGUACGCUUUGGGUCCUACGACGCCCAGAUGCGCGUUCUCUCCAACCGUCACCUCAUCGACGGUCGUUGGUGCGAGGUUAAGGUGCCCAACUCUAAGGGCAUGGGACAUCAGGUACCGUGCAAGGUCUUCGUGGGCCGCUGUACAGAGGACAUAAACUCGGACGACUUGCGCGAGUAUUUCUCCAAGUUUGGCGAGGUCACCGACGUGUUUAUUCCCCGACCCUUCAGGGCCUUUAGUUUUGUCACUUUUCUCGAUCCUGAUGUGGCACAGUCUCUGUGCGGAGAGGACCAUAUAAUUAAGGGUGUUUCGGUGCAUGUGUCGAAUGCUGCCCCAAAGGCAGAACAAAACAGGGGUCAGCAGACACAGAGCUACAAUUAUAACUCGACCAAUGGCUUCGGCAUGCAAUCAUACCACUCCCAGGGUAACCAGAUGAAUCCGGGUCGCAAUGGACACCACCGAGGUAAUAACCAACACAGUGCUCACGGCGGUGAGAACUCAGCCAUCACCAAUAAUCAUAGCAAUGGCACUGCCGGCUAUGGUAAUAAUUACGGCGGAAAUUCGGGCGGGGGCUAUCAUAGCAAUGGCAAUAAUCACUCGAAUGGUGGGAACGCUAAUCGCCAGGACCCAGGCAACCAGUACAACAAUAGGCAGGGAAAUUUCCAUGGAAUGAAUCAGCCCCACAACGGCAACGUGGGCGGCAGCAAUGGCUGGAUGAACCGCGGCCACUUGGACAUGCCCAAUUUGCAGGCGCUGGGCAUUAAUUCGCAGGGAUCGACCUCCUCCAACCCGGGCCAGAAUAUGAGCAACCAGUCUAUGCUUAAUCUCAACUCCUUGCCGAUCAAUCCCGCACUGGUCGCUGCUGCCCUAAACCAGUGGAGCCUGGUCGGCAACCAGCUGCAGAAUCAAAAUCAGGACCAACAGGGAGGAAAUUUUUUAUCCUGGAUGGCUCAGAACGGCCACAACAACGCCAACAACUUUGGCGGACGGAAGGGAUCUAAUAACCCAAACAAUCCGGGUGUCAACGGGAUGAACAAGGCCGACAACUCGGGCUGCAAUGACCAACAGAACGGAAACGCCAAUUGGUCAAACCAGAGCAGCGGAUCUCAAAAUUCUGUGGAAAAGUCUAACUUUCUUUAAGACGGUACCAGUAGCACAGUUCGGUACCAGCUAAUGGGGUUAAUAAUAACUUGGAUUUAACCAAAACCCCUGUAGCUUACUUAGUUAUAUAUGUAUUCUACAUUAAAUGGAAUUAAGAAUUGUAUUUUAAAUGUAAUAGAUAUUUUGAUAAAUGUAAGCAAGGAUGUGACACACGAUGGAUAACAUAACAAUUUAUAGAACUCUCUGCAAAAUAAAUUCUGCACUAAAGCUCAA